CCAGAUUUGUCCAUGAGUGUCAAGCAGCAUAGCAAUGCCGAGCAGCUCCGCAACCUACUAGCAUUCUGGGUGCUCGGGUUCAUCAACAACAUCGGCUAUGUCAUCAUGAUCGCGGGUGCCCAGGAGAUCGCGGCUGGAGGCGUGGGUCUUGUCUACUUUUUCGACAUCUUUCCCGCUCUCUUCGUCAAGCUCUCAGGCCCGUACUGGUUCCAGCUCGUUUCGUAUCGCCAGCGCACCAUCAUGGGCGCUAUCUGGAUGUUACUCAGCUUUUUGGUAGUCGCCAAAGGGAAACAUUCACUCUGGCUGCAGUUAAUAGGCGUAGCCUUUUCAGGUCUACAGUCUGGGAUGAUGGAGGCGACCUUCCUGGCCAUGUCCUCGUUCUACGCGAGUCCCGUGCGUUGUUUAACGUGCUGGUCGAGCGGUACGGGACUCGCAGGGGUGGGUGGCUAUGCGUGGGUCGCAGUCUUGCACCUCUGGGGAGGCUUAAGCUUCCAGACCACACUGGAACUCGCCAGCAUCUUCCCGGUGCUCUACGUUGUGGUAUUUCUCUUCGUCCUCGACAGGUCCAAACUUCCUCCAGCCAGGACAUGCAACUACAUGCCAAUCCCUGAUAGUUCACAAGAUGCAGGGGUGGCAGUAGCCGUAAUGGCAGUGGAUAACACUAAAGAUCAGCUGAAGAAAAAAGAGCUGGAAAAAGGUGAAGAACAUUUGGUAUAUGACGCAUCCACGAUGGGAUUCAAGGACAAAAUGAAGUUCAUUAUGACGCUAGGACCGUAUAUUGUUCCGCUGACGACGGUCUAUUUGGCGGAAUAUACCAUGCAGACUGGAGUAUGGUCAGCGAUUGGGUUCCCCGUGGACAGUAAAGAGGCAAGAGCGAGCUUCUACUCAUCUGCUGGACUAGCGUAUCAAGCUGGCGUGUUCAUUUCGAGAUCGUCGGGUGUUUUGUUUCAAGCUACGAGGCCGAUUUUGUAUCUUAUGCCGGCGUUGCAGGUGCUGCUGCUCGGAUUCUUUACGUUCGUGGCGGCUACGCACUUUUGGUAUAACUGGGGGUUGCUGUCUCUGUGUUUUGUUGCUGGUUUGCUUGGUGGUGGUGUAUACGUGAAUGCUUUUACGUUGUUGUCAAAGGAGAUCCCUACAAGUCACGUGGAAUUGGCUCUGUCAGCUGUGUCUGUGGGCGAUACAGUCGGUGUUAUGCUUGCAGAUUGCGCGGGGUUGUUUCUUCAGGGUUGUCUGUACUCCAUUAAUCAUCUCCCAGGCGCUACCAUAAACGUUUCCUGCUAAACUUCUGAUUGUUUUCGUUAUUUUUCUAGAUUAAGAAAUCAUGACCCAAACUUCCUAAAAUGGUCAACUAUUUGGUCGGAGGAUCACGUAGUCGGGAAGUUGCAUCCGUAUAACUCUGCGCAAUAGUGAAUAAUAAGUCGUGUCAAGUCCAAUAAUAUCAGCACAGUGCUUACCUUUUACGUCCACAUCAUUUAAUUGAGGGUUCUUCUUGAGCACUUCAAAAGCA